AUGAAACCACGCCAAUUCAAGCCGCCCGAUCUAAUCUGCAUAACCCCGCCCCUUUGCGUCCGAGACCCCGCCUCCCGGGCCCCGCGCAUGCGCAGCUGCUCCCGGCGCCGGCGCAGGGCGUCCCCCCCAGUCCGGGGGGUCCUGGACGCCUCGGGGUCUUUCCGGGUGUACUGGGACGUGCUGGGAGCCCCCCCGGGCUGGGCCCGCGACCCCCGGCCCGAGCUGGUGCUGGCCACGCACGGCAGCCCCGGGCGGGCGGCGGCGGCGCUGGGGGGGUCCUGGGGGGGCCCCCUGUCCCUGGCGGUUUUUGGGGAGCCCCGCGGGGGUCUUCAGCAGCUGAUGGAGGUUCUGGGGGGGCCCUGCCGCGCUCUGCGGGCUCGCCUCAGGCUGCAGGUGGUGCAGGGGGCGGCGGGACCCCCGCCCAAAUUCCCCGCCCGCACGCAGCAACCAGCGGGAGCCCCCCGAAAAGCCGGGGGGUGUCGGGGGGCUCUGGCCAGGCUGGCGGCCGCCGACCCCCCCAGUUACACUUUGGGGGUGCCGUACCCCGGGAAUCUGCUGAGGAACGUGGCCUGGGAAGGGGCGGCCGGGGGGGGCCCCGGCGCGGGACCCCCGCCCAAAUUGGGGGGGCGCUUCGUGCUGAUGGUGGACGCGGACGUGGUGCCGAGCCCGGGGCUGCGCGAGGGGUUCCUGCAGCUGCUGCGGGACGGGGGGCUGGACCCCCGGAACUGGGGGGGACAGGACCCCCAAAACCGGGGGGGACAGGGGGGGAUGGAGCCCCAAAACCAGGGGGGACAGGACCCCCAAAACCGCGGGGGACAGGGGGGGAUGGAGCCCCAAAACCAGGGGGGACAGGAGCCCCGAAAUCGGGGGGGACAGGGAGGACAGGACCCCCAAAACCGGGGAGGUCAGGACCCCCAAAACUGGGGCAGACAGGGGGGCCUGGAGCCCCAGAACUGGGGGGGACAGGGGACACUGGGGGACCCCAAAGCUCCGGGGGCUCAGAGGGAUUUGGGGUCUCAGGGGGAUUUGGGGAACCCCAAAAUUUUGGGGGAUCCCAGUAGGCUGGGGGUCCCCAAUGUCCCGGGGGUCCCCAAUGUCCCAAAGAACCCCAAAAGUUUAUUGGACCCCAAAGGGGGUGUCCAGGCCCUGAGUGACCCCAAAACCCUGAAUGACCCCAAAGCUCUGAGUGACCCCAAAACCCUGAGUGACCCCAAAACCCUGAGUGACCCCAAAGCUCUGAGUGACCCCAAAACCCUGAGUGACCCCAAAACCCUGAGUGACCCCAAUGCUCUGAGUGACCCCAAAGCUCUGAGUGACCCCAAGGCCCUGAGUGACCCCAACGCCCAGAGUGACCACAAUGCUCUCAAUGACCCCAAUGCCCUGAGUGACCCCAAAACCCCGAGCGCCCCCCACUCCUCGUCCCCCCCCUGGGCUCGGGCUCUCUUUGUGCUGCCGGCCUUCGAGCUGCGGGGGUCCCGGGCCCCCCCGGCCUCCAAGGCGGAGCUGCUGCGGCUGUGGGGGGCAGGCGAGGCCCGCCCGUUCUACGGGGCGCUGUGCCCCCGCUGCCAGGAGCCCACCGCCUUCGGCCGCUGGCGGGCGCUGCCCCCCGGGCCCCCCGGGCCCCCCCGGCUGCGCGUGGCCUACGAGGUGCCCUGGAGGGACCCCUGGGAACCUUUCUUCGUGGCCCCCGCCCGCGGCGUGCCCCCCUUCGACGAGGGCUUCCUGCAGUACGGCUUCAACCGCAUCAGCCAGGCCUGCGAGCUGCACGUGGCCGGGUUCCGCUUCGCCGUGCUGGACGGGGCCUUCGUCACCCACCGGGGCUGGAAGGAGCCGGGCCGGUUCCACCGCGGCCGCGAGGCCGAGCUGGGCCGCAACCGGCGCCGCUACCGCGAGUUCCGCCAGGGGCUGAGGGCGCGGUACCCGGGGAGCGCCCGCCGCUGCUGA